CAAAAUUUCCCCAUGAUGAAAGAGAGAGAUAUGCCCAGUUAUAUCAGUGUUUCCCAUAUUUACAAGCUCUUCUUGGAUAAGAAAUGGUUUGAGAUGAAGAGCUUCUACGAGGAGAACAAUUUUGAUGUGUUCCUGCCUCUUAAUCAUUUGAAAGAAACGGCUCUUCAUCUUGCAGUGUACAGUCAAGACAUGGAUUUGGUGGAAUCUCUGCUGAAGAUAGUGUACAAACACAAUCCUUUUAUCUCACACUAUCCUUCUGUCUCAGUCUCAGAUGGCUUUGAAUUCUCCUUAGUGAAUGCAUCUGGAAACACACCACUUCAUGAGGCAGCUUCAAAAGGAAAUGUCAAACUGGUGAAGCUGAUAUUGGAAUAUGAUAACACGCUACUGAACACUAGGAACAACAAUGGUGAAACACCCUUUUUUAUGGCCGCACUUUAUGGCCAGACCAAAUUGAUAAAGUAUUUAUUGGCGAAGAUUCGUGUGGAGGAAGUAAGUUAUCAUUUCUUUUCUACGACCUCCACCAUGAUUCAUGAGGCUAUCCGCGGCUAUUACUUUGAAAUAGCUCUGGAAUUAUUAGACCCAAGAUACUACUUACCGAUGGUGGAGGAGGAUAGUGAUGGCAUGACCUGCUUUCAGCUGCUAGCUGACAUUCCAUCUGCUUUCAAGAGUGGAUAUUCCUUUGGCAUAUUGGAGAAACUGAUCUAUGACGGCCUUCCAGUUCCAGAAGAUAAGGAUGAAAGUGAAAACAACAAUGUAUCUCCGGUCAAUCCAAGUCGAAAGACUGACACAAAGCAUGGCCUUCCAGUUCCAGAAGAUAAGGAUGAAAUUGAAAACAACAACGUAUCUCCGGUCAAUCCAAGUCGAAAGACUGACACAAAGCAUGGAAGUUCAAGCAAAUACUUCGGGUGGAUUUGGAGACUCAAUCCUAUAGGAUACCUAUCAUUAGAAAGUCUAACAGAAACGAAGAAGAAGCACAGCAUAGUGGAGAAGCUUACCAAAAUUCUGGCUAAAGAUGACACGUCAUGGCAGGAUAAUACUGCUGAUGGUCAACGUGACACUCCACUUAUUGCAGCUGCAAAGAAUGGGAUCCCAGAGAUUGUUGAGGCCAUCUUGGAUGUGUUCCCAGAAGCCAUCGAGCAUGAAAACCACAAAAAAGAAAAUGUAUUUCAUGUCGCUGUGCAGAAUCACAAGGCAAAUGUUUUGGAUCUUCUCGAAUCUAACAAAUUUAAAAAUCCGAGGCUCAUUGAGAAGUUUAAUGCAGAUGGUGAUAGUAUUUUGCAUAAAGCUGCAUACAAGACUGAUAUUUCCUCAAGGGAGAGGCCCGGGGAAGCCCUUUGCUUGCAGUCAGAUAUUCAAUGGUUUGAGCGAGUGAAGAAUAUGGUGCCUGCACAUCAUAUCAACCAGCAAAAUAAGAAAGAAGUUACGCCUCCAGCUUUAUUCACAGAAGAGCAUGAGAAGCUCAUCAAGAAAGGCCAAGAAUGGUUAAUUAGAACAACAAACUCAUGCAUUAUAGUUGCAGUUCUUAUUGCAACUGUUGCUUUUACAAGUAUCUACACCGUGCCUGGCGGUUCUGAUGCAAAGACAGGCAAGCCGUUGCUCCUCAACACAACUGCAUUCACGGUCUUCACAGCAUCUGAUGUGGCAUCUCUUUGUUUUGCUUUCACCUCAGUGGUGGUGUUUCUUUCCAUCACUACGUCGAAAAUGAAUGAGCAAGAUUUCCGGAUAUGGCUGCCUCUAAAGCUUGUUUUGGGGCUAAGCAUGCUGUUUUUUUCUGUGGCAGCAUUGAUGAUUGGUUUUGCUGCUACCCUUGUCAUGACAAUAAGGCACAGGCUACAUCAGGCUGCUGCCCCCAUCAUUGCCAUUGCUUGUUUUCCUGUCGCCUUUUUCCUCAUUCUCCAGCUUCGUCUCUAUGCCAAUAUUACUUGGUUUACCACAAAGGACUUGCUGAGCAGCCUCAUUGAUAUUAUCCCCAAAAAAUGUCAGCCUCGAUCAUGGACUAGGUCCAGCUAAGUCUUCUCGGAUGAAGAUGAAUGAUUCCUCUUGGCAAAGCUUUUUCUUUACUUUAUUUCUUUAUGAUUGAAAGUGUGAUUUUCAUCUACGUUACGCAGUACUUCAGCUAGCUAGAUUGCUAGCUGAAGAAUGGUAUCCCUGAUCUACGUUGUUGUACGUGUUCUGUCAACAAUGGCCGGC